UGUGACGUCAUGUGACGCAACAGCGGGUGAGAGGUGAGAAGGGCGGAGCGCCACGUGUUCUUAUAAUCACACUGUCCGCAGCCCAUUCAUCAUUACAGACAUGGUGUUAUUAGAGAACGACGCGUUUCUCACUGAACUCACUCGGCUGUUCCAGAAAUGCCGGACCAGUGGCAGUGUGGUGCUCACUUUAAAGAAAUAUGAUGGCAGAACAAAGCCGGUCCCCAGGAAAGGGCAAACGGAGACAUUUGAACCAUCUGAUCAUAAAUGUCUGAUCAGGGCUUCAGACGGCAAGAAGAAAGUCAGCACAGUGGUCAGCACCAAAGAAGUAAUCAAAUUUCAAAUGGCGUAUUCGAACUUGUUGCGAGCGCACAUGGACGGGUUGAAAAAGAAAGACAAAAAGAGUAAAAGCAAGAAAACUAAAGCCACACAAUGAUGGAUGGAGACGGGUGCGUUUAGUUGAACCUCUCCAGGACGUUGAACGCCCACCUGUGCCACUCCACCGUCCCAUCCGCUCUUCAGGGAACCUCGAGGGUGUGGUGCUCCGCAGUGGAGAGAUCGAUUCGGAACGGCCAGAAAACCUGCCAACAUUUCACGUCUACUUUUCCAAAUCAAGACGAGUGGAUUGGACUUUUUUUAAGCUGUAAUAAAUGUAAAGUUUUCAUUUUUUAGUGCUGUUAAAACAUUGAGCAAAGUUCAUUACCAAGACAAGAGUUAAUUUAUUUUAUUGAAGGGACACUAUGUAUUGCCCAGGGGUCCCUGGGCUUUAAGGCUGCGUGAUCUACCUUGGUGACCCCCCCCCCCAUGUAAAAACCCUUUUGGGCAUGAUCAAUGACAACUUUUGGGUGGAGGGGGGCCCUUGGAGAUAAUUGGCCCCAGGGCCUUUGCAAGUCAUAAUCCUUCCCUUAUUGACACAAACAUUUACUUUAAGCACAUUUAUUGCAUUUGGUAUCACUAGUCCUAAUGAGCAAACCAAAAUGUCAUUUCUUUAAAUUCGUUUCAAUUUAAUUGUUUUUCCCUAAAACAUUUGUUUGUGCUAAAGGGUGACCAUCACGAACAGUCUUGUGUAUAUGCCUUCAAAUAACAUUCAACAGACUUUGUAACAGUACAAAAUGAAUUUAUAUACACCGCUAAGCCACAUCACAGAACAUCUCCGUCUAUAUGGAAUGAGUGACGCGUCUAAAUCGCCGUGUUCCUCUUGUCUGGACGUUCUUUGCUGGACGUCAACAUGUGGUUGCGUUUGGUCCGCUCUUCUUCAAGAUAACCGUCCUUCAUGAUGCGAGUGACGUACUGGAACAGACUCUGAAGACAAAUGAAUCUUAAUCAAUCAUGCAGCAUUAGUGGAUCUCAUACCGUUAUCUCAGGUGUCAAAGUCUGUUGCUUGUUUUAUCAUUUACUAUAUUGUGGCUUUUAUUUCAGGAUUGUGCAUUUGAGUUCAGAGUUUUUACAAAGUGUAUUACUAAUUCAUUCUAAAUAAACCAUUGUUUUUUUUUUUCAUAUUGGCGUUUUCACUGGUUUUAAUUUGGUCGCUACAUCCAUUGGGAGCCAAGACAUCCAAUCUCAGGAUAUCAAUCAGAAAGGAUUAAAAGAACAUUUACCCUCAGCAACUCUUCUCAAUAGAAGCCAACUAUAACACUGAUCCCCAAUUUGGAAUGCCCAAUUCCCACUACUUCGUAGUUCCUCGUGGUGGCGCAAUUACUCCGCUCAAUCCGGGUGGCGGAGGACGAGUCUCAUUUGCUAGGCUUCUGAGACCGUCAUCUGAUCACGUGACUCGUUGUGCAUGACACCGCAGAGACUCACAGCAUGUGGAGGUUCAUGCUACUCUCCACGAUCCACACACAACUCACCACACGCCCCAUUGAGAGAACCACUAAUCACCACCACGAGGAGGUUACCCCAUGUGACUCUACCCUCCCUAGCAACCGGGUCAAUUUGGUUGCUAAGGAGACCUGGCUGGAGACCUGGCUGGAGUCACUCAGCACUUUAUUGUUUAAAUGUUAGAAACUAGAGAAGCCACUGUUCAACUGGGUGAAUACUUAUAGAAAGCACAGUAAUCCGCUCAACACUGAAAUAAUAUCCCAUUAACUACCUUCCAU